AUGGCUGUCGCAAAGUCAUCCCCGCUCGUUCGUGAGUUCUUCGAGGCAGACCCGAAUGAUCAAUCUGUUGAUCCUGCACACGACGCCUUUCGAGAAGGGGUCUUGAAGUUCAAGGACAGCCUGACCCAAGACCCAAAGAAGGCGGGUAGAGCCCAGCAAGCGACAAGCCUCGAGGCGGUAUCAGAUGCGGUAGAGGCAGCACAGCUCGCAUAUGACACAAAGCAUGGCCAAUCCAAGACGCGAGAACGGCUACGCAGAUUCAACGCCACGCUCCACUACUACGGCAAUAUCAUGGACGUGCUGGUGCAGCAUCAUCCCGAGUAUGUCUCUCUGGCCUGGGGUGCCAUGAAAUUCGUGUUCACGACGUGCUUGAACCACGAAGCCACAAUCUCAGCUUUAGCAAAGGGACUUUGCAAGGUUGGAAAUACUCUGCCGCGCGUUCGCCUGGCCAUAGGCCUGUACCCAACAAGGCGCAUGAAGAAUGCAAUUUCCGAGCUGUACGCCUAUAUCAUCCGCUUCCUCAUCAGGGCUCAUGACUGGUACCAGGAGAACUGGCUGCAACAUAUCUGGCACUCGGUUACCAGACUGGUGGAGCUUCGAUACAAUGACAUUCUUGAUGAGAUCGCCAUCCGGACUCAGAUCGUUCACGACUUGGCGGUAGCUGGAGGCCUGGCGGAGCAGCGUGUGAUGCAUGAAAAGCUCGAUGCCGAAAGCAGCAGAGUCAUCGCCUUGGAGGCUAAACUCCAAGAGAUGACCGCGCUUCUCGUUGCCUUCAAGACCAUGGCAUCGGGGGCAUUCCUGGAUACAAAUCACCUCUUGACUGACCUUCAGAUAUCCAACGUACUCGACUAUGUUGCCCACGUACCGCUCCCGGACCCUGCGAAAGCUCUUCGCUUUGGUAUGUUCAUGCGCGAGCAUCGACGAAGCAAGCACACCACAAGGAAUCCGAACUACGCAUGGGUAUCUCCCAGGCUGCAGACCUGGUCGGACCAAAAGAAUUCAUCGCUGGUGACGGUGAGGGGCGCCUUCCAGUCCAGAAACGAAAUGAAGGACUUGUCUGUUGAACUGGUCGAGCUCCUUCAAAAGUCCGGAAUCCCUGUGCUCUGGGCCCUCAAGUCGACGAGCCAGGAUGGUAUAGACGCUCAGCAGCCGUCAGCAAUAGACGUGCUGAAGUACCUGACCUCUCAAGCUCUUCGACUGAGCUCAACUGCACCCACCGAGGCUUCCAUGAGCUCCGUUUGCAUGCGAUUCAAGACUGCCAGCACAGCGGACGAAUGGAAUGCGAUCUUGGCCUCGACAAUCCCAGUUGUGACAACGAUCUACCUCGUCAUCGACGUUGAGGUCCUCAACUACGCAUACGCAGACGUUCCAGGGUCAUUUUGGCCAGCUGUUUUCUUCAAGCUCUCUGCCGAGCUUGAAGCCAGGGGAUCAAAGACAUCGGUCAAAGUUGCGCUCAUUAGCUAUGGGACGACGAAUCAGGUGACAUCCAGUGCGUUGCCUCAGGGGUCAAAGUACUGGGUUGCAAACACCAGGGAACCGCUGCGUCAGUUGAAGGUAGGGUCAAGGGGGAAUGUUUCGGGGGGAUCCAGUGGGAAGUCGUCCUUCAGGGCUGGUGGGCAGCGGAGCAAGGCUUCUCUCAUUCGUCUCAACCGAUAA